AUGCGUGCCCCUUCUCUGUCGCGACGAUCCCGGGCCCGGCCCGUUUCACAGGCCGACCUCACUACGCUUUUCAAGAAUUCAGAGAUUCCGCAAAUAGACAUCUGGAGGGAAUUCAAGUCCCGUAAGGGACUCGGCGACUUGACUCCCGAGGACGCCUUCAAAACAGCAACUGUGUACCGCGUCGCCGCCACCGACAGCAGCUCAACUUGGAAAGGCGCGCUAGAAAGGGACCAUAACAUUGACCCCUACACCCUCCACUACACCGCCCUGCCGCUGUUCCUGUCGCGAGUCCGCAACGCCGCGGUGCCUCUUGAGGCCAUGGGGCUACACAUGCUUAGUACCGCCUCAAGCCUGGGGUACACGCCCUCGACGCUGACUCUCAUGAGCAGCCUUUUAGACCAACCCCCAGAAUCCUUUCUUAGAUUCCGACAAUUGCUACGUGACGUCGAGUCUCGUUUCAAGCGGUUGCUCCGGACCGAGAAUAACCCCGACGCCUUUACACUCCAGGGAUGCUUACUGCUAAAAGACGGCGGGUCCGCUCUCGAGGCACUAAACUACUUCAACUGGGCCAUCAAAGCAGCGCACAGAAUUUCACCCAGCACUGCCGUGCCCGCCCGGGACCCCAGCAAUCCCACCAACUCAUCGUCCCGCCAACCGAGAUGGACCUUCGAAGGAUCCUGCCACCUGAACCGCGGCCGCAUCCUUCUCGAACAAGGCCAGGCGGACAAGGCGCUGGCCUCGUUCACGGUCGUCGCGCUCGAGCUAGACCUCGCCGACGGCUACGUCGAGCUGGCGAAGCUGCUGCCCCGAGACACGCCCGAGCGGGAGACGUACCUCCUAAAAGCCGCCCAGGCCGGCAACUUUGAGGCCUGCCGGCUCCUGGCUCUUGGCUUGGCGGACAAGGCCUUCGACGCGAGUCUUCCCUCGGUUGACAGGGUUCGUGCCAUCAUGAUGGCAACUGAGUGGGCCCAGGUUGAUCCGGACUCAAGCCAGCGGGAGGGGGUGGUUGCGCAGGUGGAGGAGAAGAUGACGGAGUUUAGGAGGGAAAGGGGGUGGCUUAGGGAGUAG